AUGGGUACCUUCAAGAAGGAAGCCUCUCGUAAAGAGCGGCAGGGGAAGACUGGAGAUGGCAUGGGGAACGUCCGGGUAAAGGGUGAAAACUUUUACAGAGAUGCGAAGAAGUUGAGGACCUUGAAUAUGCUCAAGGAUGGUAAACCCCAACGUAACGCUGAAGGAAAGAUCACCAAGGCUGCUUCGUACCAGUCUCGAGACGCCCCCGUCGCUAGGAUUGAACCCAACCGUAAAUGGUUUGGAAACACCAGAGUGAUCUCGCAAGAGGCUCUGUCCUCUUUCCGUGAGGCGGUCGCUGAGCGUGCUUCUGAUCCGUAUUCAGUCUUGCUCAAGACCAACAAGCUUCCCAUGAGCCUGAUCAGAGAUGACAAGGGUGUAAAUGGAUUGAAGCAGCACCAGGCCAAGAUGGCCAUCGAGACGAAUCCCUUCAGUGACACCUUCGGGCCCAAGGCUCAGAGGAAACGUGUCAAGUUGGGUGUUUCGUCGCUUGCGGAUCUGGCUGGCGAGUCCGCCAAGAUGCACGACGCCUAUGUUGAGAAGUCGGACCAUGCUACUCAUGAAGAUGGUACUAUGGUGGUGAACGGUGAUGACGUCGCAGUAGAGGAGGACUCUAGUGUCGCGCCCAUCGCAAAGGAGGCUGUCUUCCUUAAGGGACAGAGUAAGCGUAUUUGGAACGAACUUUACAAGGUCAUUGAUUCCUCCGAUGUUGUCAUCCAUCUCCUUGAUGCUCGUGAUCCGGAAGGUACACGGUGCAGGAGUAUCGAAAAAUACAUCCGGGAGGAGGCUCCUCACAAGCACUUGAUUUUCGUCUUGAACAAGUGUGAUCUUGUGCCUACAGGCGUGGCGGCUGCUUGGGUUCGCCACCUUUCUACGGAUUAUCCUACCUUGGCUUUCCAUGCUUCUAUCAACAAUUCCUUCGGGAAAGGCUCGUUGAUCCAGCUACUGAGACAAUUUUCUUCUUUGCACUCGGACCGGAAGCAGAUUUCCGUGGGAUUCAUUGGAUACCCCAACACUGGAAAGUCUUCCGUCAUCAACACCUUGCGCAAGAAGAAGGUGUGCACUGUGGCUCCUAUCCCGGGUGAAACCAAGGUGUGGCAGUACGUUACCUUGAUGAAGAGGAUCUACCUCAUUGAUUGCCCUGGUGUGGUUCCUCCGAACCCGAACGACUCUCCAGAGGAUAUUCUUCUCCGUGGUGUCGUCCGUGUGGAGAACGUAGAGAACCCUGAGCAGUACAUCCCAGCUAUUCUCAAGCGUGUUCAGCCUAAGCAUUUGGAGCGUACCUACGGUAUCAAGAGCACUGAAGACCCCGUCGAGUUCCUCAGUCUCCUUGCCCGCAAGGGCGGUCGACUCCUCCGUGGUGGAGAGCCUGAUCUUGACGGUGUUGCCAAGAUGGUCAUUAACGACUUCCUUCGUGGAAAGAUCCCUUGGUUCACUGCCCCCCCUCACAACAGUGGCGAGGAGGGCGAGAAGAUUGAAGGUCGUGAAGGUCGCCUCGGCGAAAUGAGCCGCAAGCGGAAGCUUGAUGAGACCGCUCCUGAGGCUGCUGAUACCACAGAAGCGGCUGAGAAGCAAGAGUCUGGCUCGGGAGAUGAGUUCGAGGGCUUUGACGAGGAAGAUGAUGAUGACGACUCGAUCGCCAAUCUUGAGGUCAGCGACGAGGAGAGCGGAGCGGAGGAAGAUUAA